AGAGUUAUUAUCCCUUUAAGGAGGCUUUGUAUGCUAUUACAUAUGUUUUUCUGCAGGGGGAAUGAAAAUGGCAAAGGGAGUAUAAAGCACAGCAUUCCCAAUUAUGAAGCUGUUGCCAUGGCAUACAUAGUCAUUAUCCUUAAACUAUUACUUGGACUUGAUGAUCACACAGAAAGAGAAUUGUCUCGGUAUGCUACAAGAUUAUCAGACAUACUUCAACCAAAGCAGCCUCUGUUUAUAUGGGAGGACUGGGUGCACUACAUGGAAAAAAAAUUGUCAGUCAAACAGUCGACAUUUUCUCUGCCUAGUAAUGAAAGAGAAGUUCAGCUUACUUCCAAUAUAAGUGGCUGUCUAGCAUAUCACGACUGUAGGAUUCAGGGAGCACAACUUGGUGGGCAGAGAAACCUAAAAAGGAAAAGUCUGCGUAAAGAAGCUAGGGAGGCCAUUCAGAUGCCAUUCACAAUUUUAAUGGAAAGACUCAACCUAACGAAUCCUCAGCCAACCAUUGAUCCCCCAUCUCUAACCUCUCCUGCGUCCAUCAGGCAUUCAGAACUGACCACUGGGUCAGCUGACACUUGUAAAGAAAAAGACUUCAGCGUUUGUAGUCUGAAGUAUUUGAUAGAGGAUGCAGAGUUCUUAGAAGAACUGGAGAAACAGGGUCUGUCUGACUUCACCAUAUCCAGUGCCUUGGAGGCUGAGGAUUCAGAGGAGGAGGAGGAGGAAGAGGAGGGCAGUGGGGUGGAUAUGUUUGCCUCACAGGACAGUAGAAAAAGAGUCCGGAAGAAAAAACACUGUGGCUCUGUGCCAAGGAAGAGACAAAUGCAGGAGGCCAUACUGUCAACUGUAGGUGGUAAAACUGCCCCCAAGGAUAAGAUUACCAUGAAUGAGUUGCAAGACUUGGCACAAACACUGCUGAGAGCUAAUGAGCGUUAUGUUCUGUAUAAUGAUCCCGGAUUGAAAGAGGCUCACAGGCAUAGGUCUUACUUGUGGUUGACUGAUGUUUGCUGUAAGAUAAUUGAGUGUGAUAAAAAGACCCUGGAGAAGGAGAUCGAAGAACUAGAAUUUGUUUAUAUUAUUGCACAAGAAGACCUUGACAAGAAAAGUCAGCGGAGACGAAUGAGAUUGUUAAAAAAAUUCAUAAUUAAACGUUGAAGUCUUCUAUUCUAUUUUGUUUGUGAUUUUUCUCAUUCUA